CGGACGCGCCCCGCCGCUAUAUAAAGCCCGGCCCGCGACCGCGUCCACACGCACAGCCGGCAGUUCUCUCUGACCGCAUCCGCAGCAGACAUGAAGGCCCUGUUGAUCCUGAGCUCCGUUGUGGCGAUGGCGCUGGCCAAGCCCGGCUACCUGGGCCUGGGCUACCACCACGCCUACCUGGGGGCGCCUGUGUUCGUGGGCGACGCGCCCGACGUGGCGGCAGCCAAGGCGGCGCACCUGGCGACGCAGGCGGCGGAGGCGGCGCGCAACACGCUGGGCGUGCCCGCGGCGUCCGCCGUGCCCGCCGACGAGCCGCACGUCGCCGUCGCCAAGGCGGCGCACCUGGCCACGCAGGCGGCGGAGGCCGCCCGCAACACGCUGGGCGUGCCCGUCGUGCCCGCGCCCAUCACCGCCGACGCGCCCGACGUGGCCGCUGCCAAGGCGGCGCACCUCAGCAUCCAGGCCGCCGAGGCGGCGCGCAACACCCUGGGCGUCCCCGCCGUCGCCGCCCCCGCAGUCGUCGCCGCCCGCGGCUACUACGGCUACCCCGUCGGCGGAUACGCCAACAUCGUCAUCGGACCCCAAGGUGUCCCUCUGGACACCCCUGAGGUGGCCGCCGCCAAGGCCGCCAACGCCGUCGCACACGCCGAGGCCGCCGCCCGCGCCGCCGCCUCCCCUGUGGACCCGGCGUCCGGGCUGCCCGUGGCCGCCUACUACGGCGUGCCCGCCGCCUACCGCGUGCACUACGACGGCACCCUGCUCACCCCAGAGGGCGUGCCCGUCGACACCCCCGCCGUGGCCGCCGCCAAGGUCGCCGACGCCGUCGCGCACCUUCAGGCCAAGGCCGCGCUCCUCGGCUGAGCCGCCCACCCCGACCACAGCUCUGACGACGACCGCCGCCUACGCCAACGCCACUAGUCCUCUACACUACUUCUAGAACUCUGCCCUUCAACAGAUACCCGUAAUUUAUGUACAAAUCCUCUUUUUUUGCAAAUAAAAUCAGUUGCAAGUGUGUUUUUAUAAAUA